GGGGGAGGGAAGGGGAGAGGAGGAGGAGGAGAGAAAGGAGGAGGUCGAGGAGAAGAAGGGAAGGGGGCGAAACACAGGAGGAAGGGGAGGGGGAGAUUUUUGGUCUGGUCCAUCUGGUGUGGAGGUGCUGGCCUGCCUGUCUGCUUGCUUCGCCUCGCCUCGCCCCGCCUUGCCUGCCUGCCUGCCUGCCUGUGCCUGCGUGGUGUGGUUGCUUGUUGUGCUGCUUGUUGUUGUUGUUGUGUUGUGCAUCGGGUCGCGUCGGGGCCUGGCUGGUGGUAUCGCAGUGUAUCGCAUCUCUUUCUCGGAACAGGAGAAGGCCGAAGAGGGCAGGGAGGGAGAGAGCGAGAGAGAGAGAGAGAGGCAGAGAGAGGGAGAGGGAGAGAGAGAGAGAGAGAGGGAAAGAGGCCAGCAAGGGUGGAAGAGGAGAGGAGGAGGAGGAGGACGGGAAGGAAGGGAGGCGUAUCAGUAGCCAUCGAGAGUCGCUUGCUUGGAGUCCCAGUUGUCCGUGCGAGGGAGGGGAAGGGGUUAGAGAAGAGAUAGAGAAGCGAAGUGGAAGCAGAGUUUUUCCGCUUGCCUCGGGCGCUCGCGGUAUCUGUCGUGUGUUUAUAUCUUAUCAUCAUCACAAUCAUCAUCGCGGUCGGGGUUUUAUUUUUCUCCAGUGUCGCUCCUCUGUCCUGUCUCUCAUCGUAUUCGCGCCGUUUUGAGAUCUUGUAGCAGACACAUGCCCAGGCAGACGCAGAAUUGAAUUAGGCUGCUGCAAUGACUAUGAUGGCGGCCCCUCUCGAUGAAGACGAUGACAUGUUGGUUCCACCGGCAGAUUUCAACGAAGGCAUAGAAGCAAUGGAAGUGGUAGGGCAAGGAGAGACGGUCUCCACAGCAGAGAAUCAACCAGUGGAUGAUCCCCAGACAGGAAAAUUCACUUGGACUAUAGAGAAUUUCUCGAAGAUAAAUCUGAGGAAGCAUUACUCCGAAACCUUCAAGGUCGGAGGAUACAAAUGGCGCGUUUUGUUGUUUCCCAAGGGCAAUAAUGUGGAUCACUUAUCAGUCUAUUUAGAUGUUGCGGAUUCAGCAUCGCUACCUUAUGGCUGGAGCAGAUUCGCGCAUUUCAACUUGGCUGUCAUAAAUCAGUUUGACGCCAAGCUCACUGUAAAGAAAGACACGCAGCACCAAUUCAACCUCAGAGAAAGUGAUUGGGGUUUCACCUCGUUUAUGCCCCUGCAAGACCUUUACGACCCGGCGAGAGGUUUCUUGGUGAAUGACUCACUCAUUGUGGAAGCUGAUGUGAAUGUGCGUAAGGUUGUUGAUUACUGGGCCUAUGACUCCAAAAAGGAGACUGGGUUUGUUGGCUUGAAAAAUCAAGGUGCAACAUGUUACAUGAACUCCCUUCUACAAACUUUGUAUCAUCUCCCUUACUUUCGAAAGGCCGUGUAUCAUAUGCCGACAACAGAAAACGAUGUGCCCUCUAACAGCAUUCCACUAGCUCUUCAAAGUCUAUUUUACAAAAUCCAGUACAGUGACACAAGUGUUGCGACUAAAGAUCUUACAAAAUCUUUCGGAUGGGACACGUACGACUCAUUCAUGCAACACGAUGUUCAGGAGCUCAACCGGGUUCUUUGCGAGAAGCUAGAGGAUAAAAUGAAGGGCACUGCUGUCGAGGGAACAAUCCAGCAGCUUUUUGAAGGUCACCAUAUGAACUACAUCGAGUGUAUCAACGUUGACUACAAGUCAACACGCAAGGAAUCGUUCUAUGAUUUGCAGCUCGACGUCAAGGGCUGUAAAGAUGUCUAUGAGUCAUUUGACAAGUAUGUCGAAGUGGAAAAACUGGAGGGUGAAAACAAGUAUCAUGCUGAACAGUAUGGCCUCCAGGACGCUAGGAAAGGUGUGCUCUUUAUCGACUUUCCUCCCGUUCUUCAACUCCAGUUGAAACGGUUUGAGUACGACUUUAUUCGCGAUACUAUGGUCAAGAUCAAUGAUCGCUACGAGUUCCCCUUACAAUUAGAUCUCGACAGGGAAAAUGGAAAGUACCUGUCUCCUGAUGCGGAUCGGAGUGUACGCAAUCUGUAUACUUUACACAGUGUCUUGGUUCAUAGCGGUGGUGUGCAUGGAGGACAUUACUAUGCCUUCAUCAGACCCACUCUUUCCGAUCAGUGGUACAAGUUUGACGACGAGCGGGUGACGAAGGAAGAGUACAAAAGAGCUCUUGAAGAACAGUACGGUGGAGAAGAAGAAUUACCGCAGACCAAUCCAGGCUUCAACAACGCACCAUUCAAGUUUACAAAGUACUCGAAUGCAUACAUGCUUGUCUACAUCAGAGAAUGUGACAAGGAUAAAGUUAUCUGCAAUGUGGAUGAAAAGGAUAUUGCGGAACAUCUUCAAGCACGGUUGAAGAAGGAACAAGAGGAGAAAGAACGGAAGCGGAAGGAGAAAGCAGAGGCCCAUCUUUACACCAUCAUCAAGGUGGCUCGAGAUGACGACCUUGAGAAGCAAAUCGGGAAGGAUAUACAUUUUGAUCUCGUUGACCACGACAAAGUUCGGAGUUUUCGAAUCCAGAAGCAGACUUUGUUCACGCAGUUCAAGGAAGAAGUUGCCAAGGAACUUGGCAUCCCAGUUCUGUGUCAGCGAUUUUGGCUGUGGGCAAAACGGCAGAAUCAUACCUAUCGCCCAAAUAGGCCUCUAAACGAGCAGGAGGAAUUGCAGACUGUGGGCCACUUGAAGGAGGCAUCAAACAAGGGUCACAAUGCAGAGCUCAAGCUCUUCUUGGAAGUACCACUCCAAUUUUUUGACCAGAAAAUUCCAGUUGCCCCUCCAGAAAAGACUAAGGAGGACGUUUUGCUAUUUUUUAAGUUGUACACUCCUGAGAAGGAGCAGUUGAGGUAUGUUGGGAGAACUUUUGUCAAGGCCGGUGGAAAGCCUACAGAUAUCUUGGAGAGGUUGUGUGAUAUGGCUGGUUUUGCACCGAACGAGGAGAUCCAACUGUAUGAGGAAAUUAAGUUUGAGCCCAAUGUGAUGUGUGAGCAUAUCGACAAGAAGUCUACAUUCAGGGCUAGUCAGCUUGAGGAUGGUGACAUCAUCUGUUACCAGAAGGCUCUGACAAGAGAAGAGGAAGAACAUUAUCGCUAUGCUGAUGUGCCUUCGUUUUUGGAGUAUGUUCGUAAUAGACAGGUUGUACAUUUUCGACGCUUGGAGAAGCCGAAGGAAGAUGAGUUCUGCUUAGAGCUAUCUAAACAACAUACCUAUGACGACGUGGUGGAGAAAGUUGCCCAGCAAUUGGCGUUGGAAGACGCCUCUAAGAUUAGACUGACUUCGCACAACUGUUACUCUCAACAACCGAAGCCACAGCCAAUCAAGUACCGCGGUGUCGAGCGCCUGAGUGACAUGCUCGUACAUUACAACCAGACGUCGGACAUCCUAUACUUCGAGACAUUGGAUUUACCUCUCCCAGAGCUGCAGGGGCUGAAGACUUUGAAAGUUGCCUUCCAUAAUGCCAAGACAGAGGAGUUAUCGGUACACAAUAUUAGGCUACCAAAACAGAGUACCGUUGGUGAUGUCAUCAAUGAGCUCAAGGGGAAGGUGGAGCUUUCCAUCCCCAAGGCGGAACUGAGAAUACUGGAGGUUUUCUACCACAAAAUCUACAAGAUAUUCCCCUCAAAUGAGAAGAUUGAGAACAUCAAUGAUCAAUACUGGACCUUGCGGGCAGAGGAGAUUCCAGAAGAAGAGAAAGAUUUGGGUCCACAGGAUCGGUUGAUCCAUGUUUAUCACUUCACUCGGGAUGCAUCGCAAAAUCAUAUGGUUCAAAAUUUUGGAGAGCCUUUUUUCCUUGUGGUUAGGGAGAAUGAGACUUUGACGGAAGUAAAGGACCGAAUCAGAAAGAAGUUACAAGUGCCAGACGAGGAAUUUUCCAAGUGGAAGUUCGCGUUUCUUUCUCUCGGACGUCCUGAAUACUUGCAAGAGAGUGACAUAGUCGCCAGCCGUUUCCAGAAGAGAGACACAUAUGGUGCUUGGGAGCAUUACCUGGGACUUGAGCAUACUGACAGUGCUCCAAAACGGUCACAUCAAUCGAAUCAGAAUCGACAUAGCUUCGAGAAGCCUGUAAAAAUUUACAAUUGAGGACGGGCAUGUAAUAGACGGUCCAAUAUUUCUGUUGGAAGACACCUCCUAGAUUUUUCAGAAGCCACACUGUUCCCAGAUUAACCUGCAUAAGGCAGGUCUGGAAAGGGAAAUUUCCUGGGUAGUUGGGUGCUUGGUGCCCUUUUGUUAUUUAGCCUGAAUUCAAGUUUGCUACUCGGCAUGGCAUAUCAUGUACCCAUGCCUUGUGGUGUAGUGCUUGGUUGUAUAGGGAUUUACACCCUUCUUUCUAAUGGUGAUGAAUCUACCCUUCUGCGCUACCGUUGCGCGCUGAAACGUAUGGAACUGAGCAUGGGUCUCUUGUUGCAAUAUAGCCGUUAGUAAUAGGGAGGCCUGUUCUGCCAGUCUGCUGCCUUUGACCCCAUUACGGUCGAUAGCCAGCUUCACAGGCUCGGACCUAGUGCAUUGCAGUCAUCUCCAGAACUUGCGGUCUUUGCUCUCAGUAGAAUCCCUGGAGGGACCUCCAUAGAGAUCACUAUUAUUGCUGAGCUUGUACCCAUCAGAGGUGGGAAUAGGCCAGGCAAGCUUGUUGCCCUCUGCUGCAUUGCAUGCAGGGCAAGCAGGGCGCUUGUUGAGUGUCUACGAAAUAUUUGGUGUCCUGGUUAUGAGGCCCUUACCAAUUCCCUUUCCUGUGCCAGCUUGAUAGUGUCCCUUUGACCCCAUGCACAGAUGUAGUUCUCCUGGCUUUUUUUUUGCAUGUGGGUUCGUAAUUGAGCCCCUUCUGUACCCAACUUCUGAACUCUCCUAGCCUCAUUGCAAAGGCUCAAUUUGUUUUGAGUAUGGACACUUUAAUCUGUUAUUAGGGAAUGAUCACAUGUUCCACGGAAUUACUUGUAUUAGGAAUUAUGACUAACUCUGG